CCGAACGAUCGAUAUGUCUAAUUUGUAUGGAGAUUACAACCAAAAGAUCGAUUAUGUUUUCAAAGUCGUGUUGAUCGGUGAUUCCGCCGUUGGAAAAACUCAGCUGCUUGCUCGGUUCGCUAGGAACGAAUUUAGUGUUGAUUCUAAAGCAACCAUCGGUGUUGAGUUCCAAACUAAAACGCUUGUUAUCGAUAACAAAACGGUCAAAGCUCAGAUUUGGGAUACGGCUGGUCAAGAAAGAUACCGGGCGGUGACAAGCGCAUACUACCGUGGAGCUGUUGGGGCAAUGCUGGUCUACGACAUGACCAAACGUCAAUCAUUUGAUCACAUGGCUAAAUGGCUUGAAGAAUUAAGAGGACAUGCGGACAAAAACAUAGUGAUCAUGCUAAUAGGAAAUAAAUGUGACCUCGGAAGCCUAAGAGCGGUCCCAACAGAAGACGCACAAGAGUUUGCAGAAAGAGAAAACUUGUUCUUCAUGGAAACAUCUGCUCUCGAAGCUACCAAUGUUGAAACUGCGUUUUUGACUAUCUUAACAGAGAUUUAUCGUAUAAUCAGCAAGAAAUCAUUAACGGCUGAUGAUGAUGCUGAUGGGAAUUCAAACUUGUUAAAAGGGACUAGGAUUAUUAUUCCGAGUGAGCAGGAGAGUGGCAAAAGAGGUGGAUGUUGCGGCAAAACGUAACUCUACUAGCGAUUUUUUUCUUUGUUUUUUUGUUCCUCCGUAUAAAUUUUAUUAGGACAUUCGUUAUUUAAACGAAACAAUAAGCCAAUGUUUAGUAGAGAAAGAAGAGUAUGAGUGUGAAACAAGAGCCUUCACUUUUUGCAUAUACCACUAUUAUCUAGAAACCCAUCAUUUUGAGUUUGUGAUUGUGUUUAAUUUAUAGAGAAGUUGAAAGUAGGUGAAUAAUUCUCGUUUGACGCUUCCAAAAUGUUUUAAGUGGACCAAAGUACACUUUCGUGUGUAAUUUUAUGUUUGUUUGUGCAAGUGCAACCAUACUUCCUUCUUGUGUCCAAGGCAUCAGUAAAUAUAAACUCUCCUUUGUAGUGUUGCACAUGUAUUUUAUUUUUGUGGUUAUUCACAAGGAAAAUCAAAAACUUGAAGUAAUAAUAAUGGUGCGAAGGUUCUUCAACAAAUAAAAGGAAAAAAAAAAACUAUUGUGAAAAAGUUAUAGAUAGUCAACUUAAGAUUACUUUAAAAUAUUAUUGCAUCUCCUAAAUAUUCAACAACUUUUACUAGGUGCAUUUUUUCUGAACAAUUUUUAGCUGCAUUGCAUUUAAAAAAAAGAAGAAGAACACAAGACAGCCAAUAAACAGAGGUCCCAAACAGAUUCCAACUAGUUUCAUAUAAUUUGGGCUUUCAAUUAUUAUUAUUAUUAUUAUUUUUCAAA